GAUUUUUUUGCACAUCCCCACUUCGCCCUAAAAUUUUGCACAACUUCCUGUCGUCUUGACCCAAACAAAAAUUUAUAAAAAAGUUUUUCAAAAAACCGCACAAAAUGAUAGUUGAUAAGUUUUACAUUCUAAUCUGUUUUGUAUUUCUACCACACAGUGCUCUAACUACAUCCGACGAACAAGACUCAUUAAAAGCUAUAGUUCUUCCGCCUUGCAAAGCUUGCAAUGUUUUCAUAAAUUCUAUAUACAGUACAAGAGAAGGUAUUAAUUCCAAUGCAAACAUGGAUGAAAUCCUGACUGUGUAUGAUAAUAUUUGCCAAGAUGUUAAUCGUGGACAUAAUCAAUGUCUACAACAUCGAGAUACAAAUGCGAAUGAAUUAAAAAACCAUUUGGCCAAUGAGGACAUCGACUUAUUCACUCUGAUUUGUAUUUACAAGUUGGAAGUUUGUUGUCCUCCGAAUCAUUUUGGUCCAAAUUGUGAAGAAUGUCAGGAUUGUCAUAAGAAUGGCAAAUGCAAAGGAGCUGGCACUCGCAAAGGCAAUGGCAAAUGCGCCUGCAAUCCCGGUUACACGGGCGAAGAUUGCAGAGAGUGCGCAAAGUCAUUUUAUGUUGCUUUCAAAGACGAUUCGAAAUUAUUGUGUUCUCAUUGCCAUGAUGCUUGUGGUCAAGAUGAGUGCACCUCUGCAGGUCCCAAAGGUUGCCGUUCAUGCAAACCAGGGUGGCAAAUGGAUCCCACCAAUGGCUGCAGUGACAUUAACGAAUGUCUUGUGAAGAAAAACAUUUGCACAGGCAAACAGUUCUGUGUGAACAAUGACGGCUCCUAUAGUUGCUUGGAGUGCGACAGAUCCUGUCUGGGUUGCGAAGGAGACGGUCCAGAUAUGUGCAAGGGAUGUGCCGAAGGGUACACCCUCAUCGAGGGAAAAUGCACAGACAAUACGGUGGAAGAGCGUGAGCAAUAUGUCAAUAUGACGAGAUUCUUGACUUAUCUGGGAUUGUGCAUAGCAACUUGUGUGAUAUUCCAAAGUUCUACAACAAAAGCCUAUAUGGUUGGUGCAGCUGUGGCAACUUAUAUAGCUGCCUCGGAGUAUUGGCUGAGUACAACCCCUCCACCAGCUGACAUAAAGUCGCAGUUGACUAGCAAGAAUCUCGAAGAUAUGAUUAUGAAUAUGUUGUAAACAAAAUAAAGAGUUUUACUUGUAGAACA